AACUUUGUAAAAUCUAUAAUGUAUUUUAGAUACAAAUCGCAUAAAAAAAGUCAAGUCUCGGGUAACAAAGAGUUCCUGUCACAGGUGUCGGAGCAAUCUCGCCUCAAUUCGACCACUUGUGUAAUGCAAAAAUAUUAUGAGUUUUCCACGCGUAAUAUGGUUUGUUUUGAAUUUUUCAUUUCCUGCAUAAUGUUGACUUACUCCAUUGUUUGAGCAAUUCGAUCGGAAUGUUCCUCUGUUUGUGUUUAUUAUUUCACGCGUUGUCUUUGAUAUGUUGGUAUUUUAUUUCUGUUUUUCCAUUUAUUAAUAAAGAACAAAGGUUAAACAUGGGAAUAGCUUUGUGAUCUGGGGGUCCAGUCAAGCUGACAAUCUUACGGCUCGAUUCGAAAUUCAAGAUACUUCAAACAUUUGCUAAAGAUACGAUAUGGAUUAGAUAUCUGUGCCAAAAGUGACGUUUCUUGAAAUAAAAAAUUUCGUGUUAUGCUCCAAUUUAAGUGAAGGUAAACAACAGGCGGUCUUAUCGCUAUAAGGCGACCACUUCUGGUGGUACUGCGACAAUUUUAAAACAAAUAUGAAAUUUAGAUAAUUUACUUUUUCAGAGCCCCCGAAAACUCUCCAAAAGCCAAUAGACCACUGCCCCAGCAUCGGCUACUUCUUCGAGCGCCAAGACCUUGACAACUACCCUGGAACCUGCUACCUCUGUUACUGCAAUAAUGAUGGCCAGGCUGUCUGUACCAUCAGGGACAGCGAGCGCUGUGAUCACAACGAGUCAAGUAUAGACAGGACGGAUCUUAGGGACUGGACUGAUGAGAAACAAAACCUUGGGGAAAGGACAGAAAAGAAUAAACGCAGGUAAGAAAAGAAUAACUACUAGUACGGUUAGAAGGACCACAACUACCCUGGAACAUGCUGUCUCUGCUACUGAAAUAAUGAUGGCCAGGCUGUCUGUACCACCAGGGACAGCGAGCGCUGUGAUCACAACGAGUCAAGUGUAGACAGGACGGAUCUUAGGGACUGGACUAAUGUGUAAGUACAACUUGGGGAAAUGACAGAAAUGAAUAAACGCAGGUAGGCAUAAAUACCAGUACGGUUAGAAGGACCACAACUACCCUGGAACAUGCUGUCUCUGCUACUGCAAUAAUGAUAGCCAGGCUGUCUGUACCAUCAGGGACAGCGAGCGCUGUGAUCACAACGAGUCAAGUAUAGACAGGACGGAUCUUAGGGACUGGACUGAUGAGAAACAAAACCUUGGGGAAAGGACAGAAAAUAAUAAACGCAGGUAAGAAAAGAAUAACAACUAGUACGGUUAGAAGGACCACAACUACCCUGGAACAUGCUGUCUCUGCUACUGAAAUAAUGAUGGCCAGGCUGUCUGUACCACCAGGGACAGCGAGCGCUGUGAUCACAACGAGUCAAGUGUAGACAGGACGGAUCUUAGGGACUGGACUAAUGUGUAAGUACAACUUGGGGAAAUGACAGAAAUGAAUAAACGCAGGUAGGCAUAAAUACCAGUACGGUUAGAAGGACCACAACUACCCUGGAACAUGCUGUCUCUGCUACUGCAAUAAUGAUAGCCAGGCUGUCUGUACCAUCAGGGACAGCGAGCGCUGUGAUCACUACGAGUCAAGUAUAGACAGGACGGAUCUUAGGGACUGGACUGAUGAGAAACACAACCUUGGGGAAAGGACAGAAAAUAAUAAACGCAGGUAAGAAAAGAAUAACUACUAGUACGGUUAGAAGGACCACAACUACUCUGGAACAUGCUACGUCUGCUGCUGCAAUAAUGAUGACUAGGCUGUCUGUACCAUCAGGGACAGCGAUUGCUGUGACCACAACGAGUUAAGUAUAAGUAGACAGGACAGAUCUUAGGGACUGGACUAAUGUGUAAGUACAACUUGAGGAAAUGGCAGAAAAGAAUAAACGCAAAUAAGAAUAAAAAUAGAAUAAAUACUAGUACGGUUAGAAGGACCACAAAUACCCUGGAACAUGCUACCUCUGCUACUGCAAUAGUGAUGGCCAGGCUGCCAUCAGGGACAGCGAGCGCGGCGACUACAACGAGUCAAGUGUAGACAGUUAGGGACUGGACUGAUGAGAAACAAAACCUUGGGGAAAUGGCAGAAAAGAAUAAACGCAGAAGAUCCCGGAGGGGCUUAAUGGAGCUCUUCUUCGAAGACGCUAAGAAAGAUGUAAUGUUGAAGAGUAUGGCGCAAGCGAACGAAGAAGAUUGCCAGCCAAAAUCAAGCAAGAGCAUAGGAUGUCCACCAAAGGACUGGUGCACAGGAUGUUUGGUUUGUGAUUGUGGGAACAAUGGCGAGUGGCAAUGCCAUGUGAUGAGCUUCUGCGAAGACAAAACUCCACGACCAAAAACUAGAAAAAAUAAGAAAAUAGAAAUAAAUGAAAUUGAUACUGCAGAAACUGAUGAAAAAAAGGAUACCUCAGUGAACACUAUUCCGGAAAAGAAAAACGAUAAAAGAUCUGUUAAACAUAAGAAGAAUAAUAAUAGUACUUCUACGCCUGGUAAGAAAGAUAAAAAAGUAUCUAAGAAAAUACCUAAAACUAAAACAAGUACGACUAGCACAACAACAAAAAAACCCCAACAACCAAAAAUUGCUGUAAAGACACUAAAGAAGUUUAUGCGCAAAGACAACAUGAAACAUGGUCCUGGAGUUUUAGUUAUUAAGAAAUACAUAUCAACUAUAUCUCCAAUAGACUCUCCAGAUUUGCUAAAGUAUAAAAAUGACUCUCAAAAACUGGCACAAAUACUGUACCAGCAAUAUGAAGCCGCUACGAGGACGCGACGUGAUUCCCACGCUGUUAAACGUGAAAUUAAACUAGAGAAGAUACUUAACAAUAAACAAAAAAGGCAUUUUGAAUUAAAAUAUAAUGCUCGAGGUAGAAAACCAAUGAACAUCAAAGAGCACAAUGACUGGAAUACAAAAAUGAGGGCAAGAAAAAUAGAGCGAGACCACUUGAAAACCACUUCUAACACUAACAGUUUUUAUUCUAACCAGAAUGAAUUGAUGUCUCCGGAUGAAAGAAAACGCAUAAAAAAGAUACAAAAUGAUGAUAAAAAGCAUGAUAUAGGUAGUCACAGAAAGAAAGCAACAGUUAUUCUAAUUCCAAGAAAAAGAAGGAAUAAAAGAAAUGUUCUGCCAAUUACAGAUGUCCCUACUAAUUCAACAACUAUGGAAAAAGACACGGUGAAAAUCUCUGUAGUAAACAGCGACCAAAUAGAGACAUUGACGAGUGUGCUUGGAAUAAACGAAAAAAUGACAUCGGACCUAAACAACUAUAAAUACACUGUUGAUAAUAUUAUUACAAAAAAAUAUGACGAUGAAACAACAAGCAGUGCUGUUGUUUACGAAUCAACGCUAAAGUAUGUAGAUAUAAUUACCAACGAUUACCAUGAUUUGGACACCGAAAAUGUUACAGCUAUGGGCACGCCUAAUUACACGAAUUUAGAAAUUGAAACAACAACUCAGCAAAUCAACUACGAUUUGCAAUCCGUAGAUUUAAAUAAUUAUACUAUCAACGAAAUGUCUACUCAAGAUAAUCAGUUGGAUUUAGAAAAUAAUCAUACUUUUGAAACGACCACUCCACCAACCAUACCAAUCGAUUAUUCUCCCGAUAAAAAUCUUUCUACUGACAAAGAAUUCAUAAUAAAUUAUGUAAAUUUGGAAACGACAACUAAUACUGUUAUAGAAGAGAAUCCAGAAAUAAACAAUACAGAUAAUAAAAUAAAUAACAACACGAAUACGGGAGAAAACAUUAUUAAAAAAGGCUAUAUUACAGAUAUAGACAAAAUUAUAAAGGAUCUUAAUAAAUAUACAUUAGAGAAAUGGAAAAAUACUAAUAAAACAAAUGUAAAUAUGUACACCGCUAGGCCUAAUACCUCAACAAGUAGAACAUUCAAAUCUAGCACCGCCGAUUUUGAAAAAAUGUUGCAAAGUAUUUCUCAUAAUAAAACAAUAAAUAAUUCAAAACAAAAUCGUAUGAUUGCUAUCAAAUAUUUGAAAAAAUUAUAUAGUCAAUUAUUGUCAACAAAAAAUAAUAAAUCACGUCUCAACAACAUUGCUGUCAUGGAAUCGAUAUGUGAUACUUUUGGGCCUUGCAAAAUCAGCACUAAUAAAAUGGAAGUAUUGAAUAAUAAAAUUACUGAACUCAUAUCUGAAACUAAAAAAGCUUUGAACGUUAUAAGAUCUAUCAAAGGUAUUUUGCAAUUAAUUGAUGACGAAACGAAUAGCACUGACAAACAUAUAAACGACGAGGUGGAAUUUAAGAGUUAUGUAAAGAAAUUAAAUGCAGUAUUAACAGAUACGUAUAAAAGCUCAUUAACAGAAACUGAGAUGACACAGAUGAAUUUUAUUAAAAAUAAUACAAAAAUAUUUAUACAUUCAAUUGGAAAGUUUGCAUUUAUUCUAAAUGAAAUUUUAGAAAUAAUCCAUUCAGAGAGGAUAAAAUACAAUAAUUUAAGAAAACGCAAAAUUUUAAUCAAGAAAGUUACUAGACAUAAAGUAAGUGAACCAUUACAUAAAAUAAAAAAUCUUUUCCUGAAAUUUAAUGUGCUACAAAGCUCAUUCAUGCGGAACAUGUAUCAAGCAAUAUCUGAUCUGGAAAAACAAAAUGAGCAGAAUGCGUUACUUUAUGAUAAAAGCGUAAAUUAUCAGCGAGAUACAAGAUACAAAAAGUCUGUUGACAAGUAUAUGAAUAAAAUCAAUUACAAUUUGGAGAAGUUAAAGAUUCUAGCCCUAAAGAUGGGCGCAAAGGGAAGAAAAAAGAGAGAUCUUAUGGACCAUGAUGAUGCUGUGGACUAUCUGCUGACACUGAUGGAGUAUUUGUUGAAACACAAUAAUCCAGUAGAUUCUCCUCCAGUAGCAGACGGAAUAGACUUGCUGAUAGAUGCAAUUAGACGAGCCCCAGACAUAAGGCCGAUUAAGAAAAAAAAUCUAAAACAAACGUCUAUAAUGCCCACAUUUCCUAAGGUUAAAUCCAAAACUAAAACAAGCAGUGAAUCCGAAGAUGAUAAUUCAAAAAAUAAAAGUUCAAAGGAAGAUUUUAAAGAUAGUUUGAGUUUUGAAAAACAAUAUUUUAAUAGCACACAAAUAGUGAAGCCAAAUAACGAAGAGCCUAAUGGAUAUAGAAAAAUGAGUUCAGAUGUAUCUCAGAAGUCUACAUCCGUAGGCAUAACAACAUCAACAACUACAAAAUAUGUUGACGUUGAAGAUAUGGUUUUUAACGGGGAUGAAGUUCCAAAAGUUUAUAUGGCUACGAUUCCUACUUAUGAAAACAUUGAUGAUACUGAUUCUGAAAAAGAAGAAGCAAAACCAACAAUUCACAAAAGCUCAGAAAUAAAAACUAACGAAUCAGCCAAUAACGCGGAAGAAGAAACAUCUAACUUGACAAAUAGGACUUUUUUAAACACGGAUGAUAAAAAAGAAAAUAUUAACACUACAGAAACAGAAAAACCAAUUAUGACUCAAUUUGACAGACUGAAUGAAGAAUACGAAAAACAAAUAAAAGGCAAAGCUCCGUCGUCAAAGAAUCUUAAGCCAAAGCGCAAAAAAAAUAAACGUCCACGAAAGAAAACAAAAGUUGAUAAUAAAAGCGAUGUCAGUACCAUCACGAAAGAAGAAGACGAAGAGAAAAUUAGAAAGAAAGUCAUAGUUGAAGAAGCGUUGCUACGGAAACACAUUGUUACUUCUACAGAGGAUGAUCCUUUUCAGAUGGAUGAUGAAAGUUAUUCAAGAGACGUAACGCAUUUAAAUACCAUGCAUAAUGAGGUUUUUCCUAGUUAUUUUACUUAAUUCAGAAUUGCUUGUUGGUUUAAAAAAAUAUGGCACAUAAUUGAGUCAUACACGGUAAGGAAUACAAUCUCCAUGUACCGAAAAGUGUUUGUGGUAAAACCUUAAAUAGGUGGCGCUACAAUACCAAGAAUAUUAAAAAAAAAAACUAAUCAUAGACAGCGCACUUCACACCGUCAGUAACGCCUACGUUCUUAGCUACUCUAGCGCUACUCUGAAAAGAUUUGGAAUUAUUUAUAGCUGACAGCUGGACACUUGCAACACUUCUGCCUGUGGAGAUUGUAUUCCUUACCUCCACCUUCCAUAAUACACAGACAGCGUUAUAAACGUCUCUUCUAUGUUACCCGAAAGUUAAGGCAGCUGGGCUGGGUCCUAAUUUAUAUUUGCGACGUCCAUCGCCCACAAGUUUUUAGGGGUAUAUUCCUACGAAAAUUAUGAUUUUCAUCAAUAACAUUCUUACGAGGAGACAAAUUUUAUAAAAACAUUUUAAUUUUAUAAUGAAUUUUUACACGUUUUAUUUUUAACCAAGGCCAGACUCUACCCGAAACCUUGUUGGCUUGAUAGAAAAAAAAAACUUGUUUAAUGAUAUAAUUUUACAGUAGAAUUUUAAUAUAAAAUAAUUAAUGAUAUUGCCUGGAGGAUCUGACGAGCAAAAUUUUAAAUAGAAGUAUAUUUUCAGAAUAUUUGAGACAAAAGUUCCGUUGAAUCUUGCUAGUAGCGCGCUGUCCAUUUCAAUUGUCUCCAAAUUUGCUGGUUUUACGCCCCUCCUCAACUUUCGGAUACAGAAAAGACAAAUAUGAACACUAAAUCAUUGUAUGACCCAAUUAUUAAUUUGUAUUACCGAUUUAUAAAUUAUUUAGAAAUUUGGCACUAGCAACAAAGGAAUGUUUAAUAAAAAUGUACCAUACACAUUCGUUUUGCAAUAAAAUGUCAACUUUUUCUUCAUGUUUUUGGGUUGACAUCUUAUUGCAAAUAUUGCAAAAUAAAUGUGGAUUGACUAUUGACAUGGAAAGGUCUUGCGGGCAGUAAGAAUGGGGUAAGUACAGCGGUGUCACGCACACGAAUUCGAGCCAAUCGUGUGGUCUAUCGCCACAACGCGAUUGGUUGAUGAGUUCACAUCACGCGCGCGAUUGGACGCAACUAGUUUCUUUGCACGACGAUUGUCUGUGAAAUUAGUGACACCGUUGAACUAGCACCAUUCUUAGUGCCUGUAAGGCCCGUCUUUAGAUAUAUGUCAAUGGGAUUGACGUAUUUUUGAUAAAUAUCAUCCAAUUUAGAAACUAUCUUUUAAUGAUUUUUAUAUGCACUGGACAAAUAUCAGAAUUGUUAUUUUAGUUUUAGCGGUUUAGUUAUUACGUAAUUUAAAAUAGGAAAUAAUAAAUAUUCAUAUUGUUGCGUGUUGAAAAGUUUACACGACAAUUAAUAUUUAUACAUGAGAAUGACGUUAUUCAAAAACAAUGGCUGUCUUUUAUUUUGGAACGAAGUCAUUCAAAUAAGUAUCGCGUCCUUUGUCACUACAAAUAAACAACCUGACGGGAAAACCUUCAAACAGUGGGUAGCAUAGGACUUAAGAAGCAUAUUGAGAUAUCUUCUGCUUAGAAAUACAAUGAAAAUAUUAACCAUACAAAAAAAUCUGCCCGCAAUGUAAAGCAACACACGUUACGAGAUACGAGUUUUUUAUAGCAACUCUCAACGCUUGUUGAUACUUUGAUAGUUACUAUAAAAAGCUCGUAUCCCGUUAUGUCAUGUGUCAUGUCUCGUAAUGAUGACAGUACAUUGCUGCUCGGUAAUUUUUCAAAAAAUAAUUACGGGGUCGUAACUAAGUGUGACUUCAAACAACUACACGGGUAAAUUCUGUCUGGUUUGAUUUAUUGACCGUAUUGUAUUUACAAACUAUCGGCCCGAAUCGAAGAAUGAGAUACAAUAAUGAUAAGUUCUGGUUUAGAUAAGUUCUCAUUUAGAUAUCGUUUGCAUGUCGUAUAAUUGACAGAAGCAGUUUGAUUCGGACAACGAAUGUCACUUUGACGUUAGAAAUAUCGUAGAUGGAUCGUACUGGGAUCACAGCGGAAUCGAAAUAAACGUCAAUUUUGACAUGUCGUUUAGUUAUCGAUCUUUUAAAGAUCUUUCCAAGAUCUUAAACGUGUCUUAAUCAUUCUUCGAAUAGGGCCGUGUAUAGUAUACAAAACAAGGCAUUGUCAAUAUUGUCAUUCGAAACUGAAAUAAUAGUCAGAAUAGUUACUUAAGGUCCCGUAACCGAAGAGUGACUAUCAGUACCCCUAGUGUAAAUUUAGUCGAUAGCGAAACGUGACGUACGCGUUUGCGUUAAGUCUCAUUUUGUAUGGGUUUUUAAACAGCGCGCCAAGCGGGACGUUUUGGAAAGUCAAAAAUCUCAUAUAAAAUGACACUUAACGCAAACGCGUACGUCACGUUUCGCUGUCGAAAAUAUUUACACUAGGGGUACUGAACCCUAUUAGUAAGUUUUCGCUAUAUCUGUCGAAUCACACUAUUAGCUAUACUGAAAAUAGCCUAACUUAUUGAGUAAUUUUAUAAAUCUCAGCAAACUUCGUUGCCAAACACGGUACUCGACUGAAAAGCUCUCUAUUAUAACACGAUUGUAUAAAAUACUAUUAUAAUGUGUAUUCAAAUGAAAGUAUGUAAAAAAAAAUAUGGAAAAAAAAUACUGUAACUUCAUUCUCCAUAAAAAAAUGAAUUUAGAUGGACAUCUUAAGAUUUCAUAGUUAUAUUAGUAGAAGCUCCUAAUUUUUAACUUGUUUAUAAUCUCGUUUCUCCUUGUUAUUAAAUAAUCAGUUUAUUUUAUAUUAACUCCUUAUGACCAUAUAUAGAUAUGUAACUAUGUGUAUGAUUGUUUACGCAGAAUGAUAGCAAUUUAAUUUUACACUGUAUACACUCGUAUUUUUAUUCGUAUAGGUAUCUAUUAUGUAGAUAUUAAAUUAUAAACUGUU